CACCGUCAGUUGUCAGUUCUGAUUUCGCAGUGUUAAACUGCAGGUCACUUUCCGCCAAUAUGGCUACUAAUUAAUUGCCAUUCGAGCGCGCAAUUCUGCUUACUCCUUACUUUCCAAUUCACAACCAACGUACUCCACUACUCCAUCGCCAAACCGCAAGAUGCCGUUUCCAGUCAUACUCCUGACGUCCUUGUUCUACCUGGUGCACACCCAGCACGAUCGUUACAGCCUGGUCAAACGAUCGACCAAUUACGGUCUGGACUGGGACCACAACCUGUAUUGCUAUAGCUGCGACUUCGAUCCGGACCAGCAUGACGACCAAGGAAACAUGCUUCAUAACUGCCCCACCCUGCCCAUUCAUGCUCCCGCCCUGGUGGGGGUCACUCGCUGUUCGGGACAGAAAAAGUUCUGCGGCUAUAAACAGUUUCACGAUAUGGAUCAUGCCAAAGGACAGCUCACCCUUUGGCUGGGCUGCGUGGACUACGACUGGUUCGACGACUGCAAGGACCACAUGGGAUCGGGCCGGUAUCCGGGUGACGUCAACGAGAACUGCCGCGUAUGCUCUAACGAUUUGUGCAACGGUCGCAACGACAACAUUAUCCACUACAAAGUGGACGAUCUCCAGCGCAACCAGCCGCACGCUGUGGCCCCCGGCUUCGAUGUUAACCAUAACCCCGACUACGUCCCCAUGGGGCCCAGCGUUUACCCCCACGAUAACGUGCCGCCAAUUCCCCCGCCCGCUCCGGAAGCGCCGUCCGAUCCAUUUAUGGGCCCUCCGCCACCACCACCGCAGGACGAACCCAUUCCAAUCCCCCAGGACGACCCGCUUCCGCCGCCACCACCCUUUGAGGAACCAAUGCCCGACCCGGCACCGGAACCGGAGCCGUUCCCCAGCGAUUAUCAGCCGCAGCCCGAAGAACCACCAGCCCAGCCUGAGUACCAGUAGGAGUUUUAACUUUUUGGUUACCUCAAGCGAAUGUAGCUGCUGAGAACGAGCAGUAUGAGGAAAGACAAUAAAGGUGAACCAGA